AGAAGCUGAGUUCACCACUACCAAUUCAAUAGGAGGCGUCUUGAUAAACGCCUACCUUUCUAGGGUUUCUUUUUUCUCUUCUUCAUCUUCCUCUUCAUUUAUUUUCAGAUUUGCUUUUCGUUUCCCGAUCUGUGAAAAUGAGAGAGUGCAUUUCGAUCCACAUCGGUCAAGCUGGUAUCCAAGUCGGAAACUCUUGCUGGGAGCUCUAUUGCCUCGAGCAUGGCAUUCAGCCCGAUGGACAAAUGCCGAGUGACAAGACCGUUGGCGGCGGAGACGACGCCUUCAACACCUUCUUCAGCGAAACCGGCGCCGGGAAGCACGUUCCACGUGCCAUCUUCGUUGAUCUGGAGCCCACAGUCAUUGACGAGGUGAGGACCGGAACAUACCGCCAGCUUUUCCAUCCAGAGCAACUCAUUAGCGGCAAAGAAGAUGCCGCCAACAACUUCGCCCGCGGCCAUUAUACCAUCGGGAAAGAGAUUGUUGACCUCUGUUUGGACCGGAUCCGAAAGCUCGCCGAUAACUGUACUGGUCUUCAAGGCUUUUUGGUCUUCAAUGCCGUCGGUGGUGGUACCGGAUCUGGACUUGGAUCCCUUCUGCUGGAGCGUCUCUCUGUUGACUACGGAAAGAAAUCGAAGCUGGGUUUCACUGUUUACCCUUCUCCACAGGUGUCCACAUCGGUGGUGGAGCCUUACAACAGUGUUCUCUCGACUCAUUCCCUUCUUGAACACACCGACGUGGCUGUGCUUCUCGACAACGAAGCCAUCUACGAUAUCUGCCGUCGAUCACUCGACAUCGAACGUCCCACUUACACCAACCUCAAUCGCCUUGUCUCCCAGGUGAUCUCAUCUCUCACAGCCUCUCUCCGGUUCGAUGGAGCGCUCAAUGUCGAUGUCACAGAGUUCCAGACUAACCUGGUUCCAUACCCAAGAAUCCAUUUCAUGCUCUCGUCGUUUGCCCCUGUGAUCUCAGCCGAGAAGGCCUACCACGAGCAACUAUCCGUGGCGGAGAUCACCAACAGCGCUUUCGAGCCAUCUUCCAUGAUGGCCAAGUGCGACCCCCGCCAUGGGAAAUACAUGGCCUGCUGUUUGAUGUACCGGGGUGACGUCGUUCCCAAAGAUGUUAACGCCGCCGUGGCCACUAUCAAGACCAAGAGGACAAUUCAGUUCGUUGAUUGGUGCCCAACUGGAUUCAAGUGCGGUAUCAAUUACCAGCCCCCGACUGUGGUUCCCGGAGGUGACCUGGCCAAGGUUCAGAGAGCUGUUUGUAUGAUCUCUAACUCGACCAGUGUGGCCGAAGUGUUCUCCAGGAUUGACCACAAAUUUGACCUCAUGUACGCUAAGCGAGCUUUUGUUCACUGGUACGUGGGUGAGGGUAUGGAGGAAGGUGAGUUCUCUGAGGCUCGUGAGGACCUUGCUGCUCUGGAGAAGGAUUACGAAGAGGUGGGCGCUGAGUCUGCUGAGGGUGACGAUGGUGAUGAAGGAGAGGAGUACUGAUUUGUUUUACUAUGAUGUCUCGUGCUUUUUUAUCAUAUUGAGUGUGAGUGAUGUUGUUGGGAUUAUUUCUUGCUUUUAUCGAACUGCUGUUUUACUUGAUUUGUGUAUGGUUACUUAAUUUGUGCACAAAUUAUGCUGCAGCACCACUUAUCCUAUCCAAUAAUAUUUGUCUUGUUUUUUCUUUGA